GCCCCGUGUCCCGAGCAGAGCUUGGACAAAACUGAGCGUUUAGGAAAGUUCAGCACUGAACCUUCUGUUCAAUAAAUGAGCUGUGCUUUGCCUCCCAGUUUGCAGGAGCAUGGACAUCCGCAACAACCUGACCCGGCUGAACAUGCUGGAGAACUGCACGGUGAUCGAGGGCCACUUGCAGAUCCUGCUCAUGUUCAAAACCAAGCCCGAGGAUUUCCGCGAGCUCAGCUUCCCCAAGCUGACCAUGAUCACAGACUACCUGCUGCUGUUCCGUGUCUACGGCCUGGAGAGCUUGAAGGGCCUCUUCCCCAACCUCACUGUGAUCAGAGGGACUCACCUGUUCUUCAACUACGCCCUGGUGAUCUUUGAGAUGGUUCACCUGAAGGAGAUCGGCCUCUACAACCUGAUGAACAUCACGCGGGGCGCCGUGCGCAUCGAGAAGAACAACGAGCUCUGCUACCUGUCCACCAUCGACUGGUCCAGGAUUCUGGAUUCUGUAGAAGACAAUUACAUCGUGGCCAACAAGGAUGACAAAGAGGAGUGUGGAGAUGUGUGCCCAGGCACCGUGAAAGGGAAGAGCAACUGUCCCCCCACGGUGAUAAACGGGAUUUUCAUCGAGCGCUGCUGGACGCACGAUCGCUGCCAGAGAGUCUGCCCCGCUGCCUGCAAGUCCCAGGGCUGCACCCCGGACGGGCAGUGCUGCCACAGCGAGUGCCUGGGCGACUGCACCGCGCCCAACGACGCCGGCCGCUGCGUGGCCUGCCGCAACCUGUACCUGGAGGGGCGCUGCGUGGGCGCCUGUCCCCCCGGGCACUACCGCUUCGAGGGCUGGCGCUGCGUCACCUUCAGCUUCUGCCAGGAGCUGCACAACAAGUGCAGGAGCGCCCGCGAGUCGGGCUGCCACGUCAUCCACAACAACGAGUGCGUGCACGAGUGCCCCUCGGGGUACAUCAUGAACUCCAGCAACCUGCACUGCACUCCCUGUGCGGGGCCCUGCCCCAAGGUGUGUGACUUUGGCAAGGAGAAGACCAUCGACUCGGUGACGUCGGCGCAGGAGCUGCGGGGCUGCACGGUGCUGAACGGGAGCCUGGUCAUCAACAUCCGCGGGGGAAAUAACAUAGCAGCUGAGCUGGAAGCGAACCUUGGCUUGAUAGAAGAAAUCUCAGGUUACCUAAAAAUUCGCCGCUCUUAUGCCUUGGUUUCUCUCUCUUUUUUUCGGAAACUCCAUCUGAUUAGAGGAGAGACACUCGAAGCUGGGAAUUAUUCUUUUUAUGCCUUGGACAACCAGAAUCUCCGCCAGCUCUGGGACUGGAGCAAACACAACCUCACUAUUGCACGGGGCAAACUCUUCUUCCAUUACAAUCCCAAGCUGUGCUUGUCAGAAAUCCACAAGAUGGAAGAGAUCUCUGGGACUAAGGGGCGCCAGGAGAGGAAUGACAUAGCCCUGAAGACCAACGGGGAUCAGGCCUCAUGUGAAAACGAACUGCUGAAAUUUUCUUCCAUUAGGACUUCUCAUGACAAGAUCCUGCUGAAGUGGGAGCCCUACUGGCCCCCAGAUUUCCGUGACCUGCUGGGGUUUAUGCUGUUCUACAAGGAGGCUCCCUACCAGAACGUGACGGAGUUCGACGGCCAGGACGCCUGUGGCUCCAACAGCUGGACAGUUGUGGAUGUUGAUCCCCCACCACGCUCAAACGAGCCCAAAGCCCAGGCCCAGCCAGGGUGGCUGCUGAGGGGCCUGAAGCCCUGGACACAGUAUGCAGUGUUUGUGAAAACCCUGGUCACCUUCUCCGACGAGCGGCGCACCUAUGGCGCCAAGAGCGAGAUCAUCUACGUGCAGACCAACGCCACGGUUCCGUCGGUCCCGUUGGAUCCCAUCUCCGUCUCCAACUCCUCAUCCCAAAUCAUCCUCAAGUGGAAGCCGCCCUCGGAGCCCAAUGGGAACAUCACGCACUACCUGGUGUACUGGCAGGAGCAGGCAGAGGACAGUGAGCUCUAUGAGCUCGAUUACUGCCUGAAAGGAUUAAAGCUGCCCUCAAGGACGUGGUCUCCUCCUUUUGAAUCUGAAGACCCCCAGAAGUACAAUCAGAGUGAAGCUGAGGAUGUCAGUGGGGAGUGUUGUUCCUGUCCUAAAACAGACUCCCAGAUCCAGAAGGAGCUGGAGGAAUCUGCUUUCCGCAAGACCUUCGAGAAUUAUCUCCACAACGAGGUUUUUGUGCCCAGGCCAUCAAGAAAACGGAGAGACCUGGGCUCCGUGGCAAACUCCACCGUGGUGUUACCCACCAUCCCAUCCUCCCCCAACAACUCAGCAGCAGCUGAGGGUGCAGAGGAGCAGAAACCUUUUGAGAAAGUGAUGUUCAAGGAGUCGCUGGUGAUCUCGGGGCUGCGACACUUCACCGGGUACCGCAUCGAGCUGCACGCCUGCAACCACGACGCCCAGGAGUCCCGCUGCAGCGUGGCAGCUUAUGUCAGUGCCAGGACCAUGCCAGAAGCUAAAGCUGAUGACAUCGUUGGCCCAGUUUCCCAUGAGCUGGUGGAGAAGAACACUGUGCAUCUGAAGUGGCAGGAGCCAAAGGAGCCCAACGGGCUCAUCGUGCUCUACGAGGUGAACUACGGGCGGCUUGGGGAGGCAGAGGAGGCCCAUUUCUGCGUGUCCCGCAAGCACUUUGCCAGCGAGGGCGGCUGCCGGCUGCGGGGGCUGCAGCCCGGCAACUACAGCGUGCGGAUCCGCGCCACCUCCCUGGCCGGGAACGGCUCCUGGACAGAGCCCACCUACUUCUACGUGGCUGAUUACUUGAAUGCUCAGCCAAAUAUUGCUGUUAUCAUUGUACCAAUUAUUUUUGCCAUAAUAAUUGCUGGAAUUAUUGGAGCUGCUUAUGUGCUUGUGAAAAAGAGACAAACAGAAGGACCAACAGGACCCCUGUAUGCAUCCUCCAACCCCGAGUACAUCAGUGCCAGUGAUGUUUAUGUCCCUGACGAAUGGGAGGUGCCACGGGACAAGAUCACCCUGCUGAGGGAGCUGGGCCAGGGCUCCUUCGGGAUGGUGUACGAGGGCAUCGCCAAGGACAUCGUCAAGGGCGAGCCCGAGACGCGCGUGGCCGUGAAGACGGUGAACGAGUCGGCCAGCCUGCGCGAGCGCAUCGAGUUCCUCAACGAGGCCUCUGUCAUGAAAGGCUUCAGCUGCCAUCAUGUGGUUCGCCUCCUCGGAGUGGUCUCCAAGGGACAGCCCACCCUGGUGGUCAUGGAGCUGAUGGCACACGGGGAUCUCAAGAGUUACCUGCGCUCCUUGAGACCUGAAGCUGAGAACAACCCGGGGCGGCCGCCGCCGACGCUGAGGGAGAUGAUCCAGAUGGCGGCAGAGAUCGCUGAUGGCAUGGCCUACCUGAACGCCAAGAAGUUCGUGCACAGGGACCUGGCAGCUCGCAACUGCAUGGUGGCAGAGGACUUCACUGUGAAAAUCGGGGACUUUGGGAUGACCAGGGACAUCUACGAGACGGAUUAUUACCGCAAGGGAGGCAAGGGGCUGCUGCCCGUGCGCUGGAUGGCCCCGGAGUCGCUGAAGGAUGGCGUGUUCACCACCUACUCUGACGUGUGGUCAUUCGGUGUUGUCCUUUGGGAAAUCAGCAGCUUGGCAGAGCAGCCGUACCAGGGACUCUCCAACGAGCAGGUGCUGAAGUUUGUCAUGGAUGGAGGAUACCUGGAUCAGCCAGACAACUGCCCAGAGAGGCUGCACAGCCUGAUGCAGAUGUGCUGGCAGUACAACCCCAAGAUGCGCCCCACCUUCAUUGAGAUCAUCGAGAUGCUGAAGGAGGACUUGCACCACAGCUUCCAGGAGGUCUCCUUCUUCUACAGCGAGGAGAACAAACCUCUGGAGACGGAGGAGUACGAGAUGGACUUUGAGAACAUGGAGAGCAUUCCCCUGGACCCCUCCUCGUACUCACAGAGGGACAAAGUGCUGGGCAGGGACAAUGGACCCUCCAUGGCCCUCAAGGGCAACUACGAGGAGCACAUCCCUUACACUCACAUGAACGGUGGCAAGAAAAACGGGCGGAUUCUCUCCAUGCCCAGGUCAAGUCCUUCCUAACACUUCCUGUUUGGCCCAAGGGUUGUGUCUGCUUUUUUCCCCCCUCCACAAAUCUCAGGACUCUUGUUAUUGCUGCCACAGUGUAUGACACACAUCUACAAACUCUUCAGAUUUUUAAUCAUCUUAUGAUUAAUUUUUUUUUUUUUUUUGCCAAGUUGACUGGUUGUCAGUGGACUUAUCUGUGAACAUAAAUGGAAGAGGUUUCCAUGGCUGCUGUCCCUUCUGUAACCAUGGUUUCACAACAGGAAGCGACCGUGUGAGUUCAGCUGAAGGAGAAGCAUCCGCCUUUGCCAGCAGAAGACGUGAAGUUCUCUGGUGCCUGAGCUCCAGCCCAGCAGAGCAUUUCCAGUAGAAUUCCAGGCUUGCAGGCAGCCUCUCCACUACAGCUGAAGGAUUCAGCACAUCAGUCGCCAGAUCCUCACAUUGACCAAUAGCUGCUGCUUUCAUACUCUGUUUUCGAGGGGUGGAACCCCCGGGUGCGUGCGUGGGCGUGUGUGUGUGUGUGCAGUAUCAACAUGUGGGGUACCCUGGAGCAAAAGAGACAUUUCUGGUUUUGUACACAACCUACAGCGCCUUCAGGCACAUGGUGGGAUUCUCGGGGUGUCCUGCACAGGGCCAGGAGUUGGAUGAUCCUGGUGGGUCCCUUCCAACUCAGCAUACUCUAUGAUUCUCUGUUCUCACAGGAGCUUUCCUCUUCUUGGAAGUGUGUACUUAUCUUUUUUCCCCAUUUCCCUGGAGGGACUGAAUCCUAAACAGAUUAUUUUUAUACUGAGGACUCUUGGGAGCAGGUUUUCUCUCAUUAACAAAUGAAGAAAACGUGCUGGGAGCUAAAUGAGCAGAACUCUGAGAUUUGUGGGUACUUUCAAGACCAAACGAAGUAGGAGUCCCCUGACCUGAGACACGGAGUUUUCUGUCCUUACAGCAUUGAGUAUAUAUAUUGUUUGUUGUAACAUAUUUAAAGAUGUCUUUAGUUUAAAUUUUAACUUCAUAUAAAUUAUUGACUGUUUAUGAUCCUUUUGGGGUGGGGAGAGCUUUGGGGGAUUGUUUGGUCUUAAAGUGGUCCAAAGAUUUCAGAACGAACUAAUUUUAGCCUUGCAGGAGCGAUGAAGCACAUGUUCAGUUCAUACUUGACAAGGCUUUGUAAUAGUUUCAUGAUUUAUACAACACAGUCAGCUGGCUCCAGUCGAAGCCCCAUCUUGGGUGUUGGGAGCUGAAGGACACAGAACAUCCUGAAGGACACAGCAGGACACGAGUCCUGCUCCUCCUCUGCCCCCGUGUCCCUCGCUUUGCCUUCCCUGCCAGAGAGGACGAGCACGAACUGGAGCUGAGGAAGGGACACUGAAGGGGGAGCACAAAGCCCUGGGCUCUGCACACCAGGGGUGCCGUGGUUUGCUGCCUCUCUGCUGCUCCCAGGCCUCCAGCCUUGUGUUCCCUGGGAUUCCUGCUGCAGAAUUCCUGGGAUGUCAGCACUCGCCGUCAGGACUGUGCUUUGCUGUGCUGCUGUUUGCAAGGACAGAGCUGAUAGGCACCUGGUGUUGGAGAGAAAUGGUGAAACUCCAGCGGGGCUGGUAGCACGGAGCUGGCGGGAGCAGCACGGGAGCAGGAAGGAGGAUGAUGGAUGUCGCAGGCCUGUGCAAUGCAGGAGGUGCUUGAAGAGCAGGGAGAGAUGCUCAGUCCUUCACUUGCUCCUGGAGAAGUCCAAGAUGUGUUCUGUGCUCUCUGCCAGGAGGAGGCGAGGUGCCCUGGCUGGCAGAGCUGGGCUGGGCUGUGGCUCCAGCCCGGGCAGAGCUGCUGGGAGCGAGGCACAGGGGCUGCAGUCCCUAAGGAAGAGCUCUCCACCCACGCCCGGGGUGCAGCUGGUGCUGGGAACCUCUGCCCCCAGCUGCUUCUGGCCAAAACAGCACUGCCAGAGUCAGAAAAGGGGGGCAACAGACUCCGGGCAGCACCGGGAGCUGUUGGGCCCUUUGCUGCUGGAGGGAUUGGUUCAGCCCAGGUGGAGGGUACCAGGUUGCUCCACAGAUUUGGGUGGAAAACACAGUCCAGACAUAGGUGAGAACCUUUGGAUUUCAAAAGGCCUCGUUUACAUUUCUUCUGCUUUACAAAGUCGUAACUGUUUAGCAGCUCUAUACUACACUGCAGGAAAGAAGACAUAUUCUCACACUUUUCUAAGGAAGAGAAGUUUU